AAGGAUUCACUGAUAGGCAGAGAAGUAAAAGAAUUGUUAACAAUUUAAUGAAGGAGGUUGCAGAACUUGAUAAUAUAGAUGGAGUCGAAUGCCUGGUUAUCUGUGUGGAAGGUGGCAAUAUAUAUCAUGCCUCAACAAAAUUGGGCCAAAAGUUUCUUGAAGAAUAUCCGGAUACCUGUACAAAGUUUGGAAAUGUCAUUCAAAAUGUCUCCCUUAAUAACAAGAUAGAUGUGAGCGACAAAAUGAUUAGAACAAUAUUUAACAAAAAGUAUAGUACAUUAGUUGGCAAGGCUUCACCCUUGCCGUAUUCAGCAGCAGAAUCUCUUGGACUAAAGUUUAAUGGUUUGCCGUCCGAACAUAGACGAAUUGGGUUGUUAUCCAAAACAGCCAAACCAUUACGGGGCACAACAAAGCGAAGAUUGUGGGAGAGAAGAAACUCCUUUUCUUUUUUUUGCAAUCACACAUGGAAAUAA